GAGCAGAUCAGCUGAAAGCGACACAUGAUUGUAACGUUUACCCAAUUACUGUUUCACAACUUGAUCUACCAGCUUCGACCGUGUUUUGGCAUGUAUCUUUUUGGCAACCGUGAGAUGAGAACCAUGGUCGUCUCUGGUUAUGGUUUGUGUUUGGCUAUUUUUGUUUUCGUGUUAAGUAAUUUUCAAAAUAUAAAGACAGCAUACGCUGAAGUAAGUUGGACAGUGAGUUCCACAACGACGAACGUUUGGCUUAACAGUAUGGAUCAUUUUUCUUCCGGGCUCAGCUCUAACCUAAAAUCCGCAUGGGUCAAAGUCCCAAAGUAUUUGCGCAAGGAAUUCGCGUUUUCCAGAGCUAUUAAAAUGGAACCCAUUCAUGGAAAGACUCAGGUUCCAAAAGGUGAGGGGAGAUUGCCAAAGAAAUUGAAUGGAGUUGUAAGGAACGUGCCACCGGACUAUGUAUCCCCUGGCAGAAAUAAAAAGGCGCCAAACAGUGCCAAGCAUUUUAUUGAUGUCAGUAAAAAUCCUGACAGUUCUUUUGAAUUUAUACACCGCACACUUGCUUCAAACAAUCGUUCGAGGACAAAGCGCAGUAAAGCAUUUGGCAAAUAUUCGCACAGGAAUGAAUUUAGAGGUCCUGACGCAUUUUCAGCUGAUAAGAUUUUGGAGCCUUUACAAGGCGUUUAUAGUCCGAGGACUGAAUACCGAAGAACUGGGGAGGAAGCAAAAACUGUCCCAAGGCAAACUGAUACGCUUCUGGUUACCUCCACGUUCGCUCUAUCUGGAGACUAUGCGCACAACGUGGCGAUGGUGCACUGGGUUGGAGACAACAGCAGCGUGAUCCUGACCUUAACGAAGCAGUAUGACUUUAACCUGGGUGCUUUCACUGAAAGUUCUCUGUGGAGAUCUGUGGACUACGGGAGCACUUAUAUAAAACUGAAUAACAAGGUUGGAUCAAACUUGGCUUGUCUCUAUGUCUGCCCAACCAACAAGAGAAAGAUAAUGAUGCUUAGCGACCCAGAGCGGGAGCACAGUAUACUCAUCAGCUCAGAUGAAGGUGCCAGCUUCGAGAAGUAUUCCAUUAACUUCUACAUGGACGGUCUGCUGUUUCAUCCAACACAGGAAAACUGGCUGCUGGCUAGCAGUCCAGACAAUAAGGUGUACAGCACAAUGGACUUUGGAAGAACAUGGCAGUUGAUUAGUGAGAAUGUGACAACUGGUCGGUUCUUCUGGGCACAAACUGGGCUGGACCGAGAGGCAGAUGUGGUCCACUUGGAAACCGACAUCCCUAAAGGACGUGCUCAGUAUGCAAAGUGCAGAGCUCAACGAUGCACAGAAUCAAACAAACAAUACCUUUUCCCGGAAGACAUAGACACAAAUUCUCUGGUUGUUCAGGAUGACUAUGUGUUCGUUCAGGUCACCAAGUCAGGGCAGACAAGUUACUUUGUGUCCUAUAUGAGGGAAUCAUUUAAACAAAUUCAACUACCCAAAUAUUGUCUGCCAAAGGACAUGCACAUCAUCAGUACUGAUGAGAAGCAGGUGUUUGCAGCGGUACAGGAGUGGAACCAGAAUGACACUUACAGCCUGUACAUCUCAGACUCUCCAGGGGUCUACUUCACACUAUCUCUUGAGCACCUCAGGACCAGAAGGGAGCCAGGUGGAAAUUUACUGGUCGACCUAUAUAAGGUAGAAGGAAUAAACGGCAUAUAUCUAGCCAACAAACUGGUGCAUCGUGAAGUGAAGACCUUUAUUACCUAUAACAAGGGUCAAACCUGGGCCCUUCUGCAAGCUCCUAACACUGAUGUGUUUGGGAACAGUCUGCACUGCAUCUUGCCAUAUUGUUCUCUGCAUUUGCACCUGGAUGUGCCUGUGAACCCUUACCUUCCUGGACGCAUCUCCAGCACUGACUCUGCACCCGGGAUCAUCGUAGCCACAGGCAAUGUUGGUACCGAGUUGUCCUCCACUAACCUUGGGAUGUUUGUAACAUCUGAUGCUGGCAAUAGCUGGAUACAUAUAUUUGAAGAAGAACUUGGUGUGUGGUUUCUUGACAAUGGUGGUGCUUUGGUUGCUGUGUCUUUAAUUGCAACAGUACCAACCCGUCACAUAUGGAUAAGUCUAGACGAGGGAAGGAAAUGGGAUCGCCACAGUUUCUCUUUGGCUCCUUUGUUUCUGGAUGGAGUUCUCAUUCAACGAGAGAAUCACAUUAUCACUUUCACUGGACACUUAAGCCGUGUUUCAGAAUGGCAUCUGAUAAAGAUCGACUACAAAGCCAUAUUUAGCAGGAGAUGCAUGGAUGGGGAUUAUCAGACAUGGCACCUAAAUAACAAGGGAGAGCCAUGUGUGAUGGGAGAGAAGCAGACCUUUAUGAAACGGAGACCGGGGGCCCGCUGUAUGCUUGCCCAGGGCUAUUCCAGAGUUAUAUCCUCAGAACCAUGCGUCUGUAGGCAAUAUGAUUUUGAAUGUGAUUAUGGGUAUGAACGUCAAGUUGAUGGAAAGUGUUCAUCUGCAUUUUGGUUUAAUCCAAACACCAUAACAGGAAGCUGUGGCAUUAGUCAGAACUUCCUCAACAGCACAGGGUACAGGAAGGUUUUGUCCAAUAACUGCAAAGAGGGAGGGAAUGAUGUGUAUUCUGCUAGGAAACAGCAGUGUUCCCCAAGGCCUCCCAAAGGUCUCAGACUGAUGACCAGCCAUGGGGAGCUCACUGCCACGGUGGGCAGUAACGUCACCUUCCUGGUUCAUCUGGAUGAUGGAAACUCGCUGUGGACUUCUAUCCAGCUAGACUUUGGGGAUGGCAUCACAGUCAUGUACAACCUGAGCCAGAGAGGUGAUGGGAUCAAGCACAACUACAGAGCAGCUGGGAUCUUCAGAGUGACUGCACAUGCAGAGAACAGCCAGGGAUAUGACAGCAGCUCCAUGUUCCUACACAUCACCAGCCCAGUGGAGCAUGUGUAUCUCUCAGCUCCUAUUGUGGCCAUUGUGAAGAAUGAAGUUAACCUCACUGCUGUGGUUUGGCCUGUCUAUCAAAGAAUACUUACUUUCUUCUGGUGGUUUGAAAACAGCUCAGAGCCCUUAAUAACUUUGGAUGGAAGCAUCACAUAUACAUUUCAGAAGGAGGGCAAGAACAAAGUCAUGGUUCAAGUGUCUUCUGGGUGCAACAUAUUGCAGGAUACCAAGGUUAUAAUUGUUAAAAAAUUCUUCAAAUCCCUGCUCCUGUCAUUCUCUCCGACGCUGGACGAUCACAACCCAGACAUUCCGGAGUGGCGAGAGGAUGUGGGCCGUGUGGUGAGGACAGCUGUGUCACAGGUGUCUGGGUUACCAGAGGAGCAGCUGUUGGUAUCGUUGUUUCCAGGUGUUCCAACAACUGCAGAGCUAUUUAUCCUGCCUGAGACACAGUUGCCUGAACAUGGAAAAGGGGACAAAGAGGCCUUAGUGAGUAUAUCAGACAUUCUUGUCAAUGCCCUGAACCAAGGAUUUAUCCAGUUUGAAUUGAAAGCUGACACACGGAUAAGUGUUUACAUCACACAGCUAACUACAGCACCUCUGGUGGACUCCAAUCCUAUUCACAAUAGCUCAGCCAUGCUGAUGUUGCUCUCUGUGGCGUUUGUUGGUUUAGCUGCGUUGUUUGUCUUUAAGUUCAAAAGGAAAAUUCCUUGGAUCCAUGUCCAGGCUGAGGAGAACCAGGAAAAGGAGCAAGAGAUGAUCGGUGCAGUUGGGCAAAAUGACACCAUGUCCAAAAUGAGGCUUAGUGAGUUUCCCUCGGAGAAGGAACUCAUGGAGAAAGAACUGGAGGCCAGAAGCAGAGGGACAAAUGGAAGAAAUGGGGAGAGAGUGAUCACAAGAGAAUUUCCUACUUGUACUAAUGUUUAAGAAAUGUGAUUCUGGCAGACUGUGGUGUUUCAGUGGGAAAACUCUAUUUUAUUUGUUUUCACCAUUUACCUUGGUCACUGAUAACUGCUACUUUGUAUGUAUUUUACAAUUCUUUAUAAAUAUACCAUACAGUAGGGGAAAUGAUUUGGACACUGACAACUGCUACUUAAUAUGUACUCCAUAUGGCUGAUCAAAUGAUUUGGUGUAGAUACAUUAUUGGAGUAAUGAGGAAGCUCAAUUCAUCAUCUGUGGAUGUUGUGUCAGAAACAGGCAUCGGGAAAACGCUAUUGUUUAAAGAAUAAUUUGUUUCAUCAAGUGCCAUCAAUGCUAUUAAAUACUUUAGGCCAACAUUGUUAUCACGCUGGUGUUCACUCGAUAAUGACAACUGUUGUACUAUUACACAAGGGAGAUGAGAUGUACAUAAUGAGAUAUAAACAUAAACUACAGCUUUGCCACUUGGGAAACAAUCUAUAGACUAGAAGUUAAAAUGUGUACAGGUGGAUGUGGACCUAUCUUCUUUUCUUUCACUAGCAAUUGUAGAACCUCGGCAUACUGAACAGAGCGUUAGUAAAAUCAAGAAGCUUACAGCUACAGUAUUGUCACAUCGUUUGCCGUUUCUAGCAUGUCACCAAAUAAUUGUAAAAUAUCAUGAUGAGGUAAGCAAAUGUUAAUCAUGGUGAUUUUCACAUUAGUAAAAGUAUAACUGUGAAUGAAAAAUGUGUUAAUAAAACAUUUGUCUGAUGGUCUUGUUAAACAUUUAGCACAUUUUGCAUAGUAGUGCAUGAGCUAUCAAGUGCAUUGUUGAUUGUACCUCAUUUCUUACUGAAAACAAAAUUCAGAUG